UUGAACCGGCUAACAUCCAGUAGGAAGACUCUUCUAGUGAUAUGAAGCUGUGGUUAUACCCCUUGUAUUACUUUACUUUAAUAAGCCCUACGCUUGGAAUAUUCCUGUUUAAUAGAUCUCCUAGAAAUUUAGGACUUUAUCUAGAUGACAUUCUAGGAUUGGCGAAUGAUACUCUGGUGUCAGUAAACAAGCAGAUCGUUGAUCCUACAACUGCGCGCAAAUCAUACGACUUCAUAAUAGUUGGAUCAGGACCAGCAGGCUCUGUCAUAGCCAAUCGUUUAACGGAGAAUCCAUCAUGGAAUGUACUUCUAAUAGAAGCAGGGGGUGUCGAAAAUUUCUUCCAUGAAAUUCCCGUUCUUGCUGCAUUUCUACAAGGCACCUCAUCAAACUGGAACUACAAAUCAACACCGCAACCUUUAGCAUGUUUUGGGAUGUAUAAUAACGAAUGUGCUUUGCCCAGAGGAAAAGUUCUCGGAGGCACAAGCUCCAUUAACUACAUGAUCUACAACAGAGGAAACAAAAAAGAUUUUGAUAAAUGGGCUGAAGCAGGAAACACCGGAUGGUCAUACAAGGACGUUUUACCGUAUUUUUUGAAAUCAGAGAGAGCAAAUUUGCGGGAGUGGAGGAACUCCCCCUAUCAUAACACACAUGGCUUACUGAGCGUGGAGGACGUGCCUUACAGAACAGGAAUGGUUGGACCAUUCGUUCAAGCUGGAGUUGAAGCCGGGAUGAGUGUGCAAGAUUACAACGGCGAAACUCAGUUAGGAAUCUCAUACGUGCAAGCCAACACUCUUGGAGGGCGGAGACACAGUGCAGCGAAAGCAUUUUUGCGACCUAUUCAAUACAGAUCUAAUUUCCAUGUAAUGAUCAACACUAGGGUGACAAAAGUUUUAAUAAAUCCAAGCACGAAGAAAGCGUACGGCGUUGAAUAUGUGAACAACAAGAGAACCUAUAGAGUCACUGCUACCAAGGAAAUCAUAAUUUCUGCCGGAGCAUUCAACUCGCCGCAGCUUCUUAUGCUUUCCGGAGUUGGACCUGCUGCCCAUCUACAUCAACUGCAAAUUCCAGUUGUCAAGGAUCUGCCGGUUGGUAAAAUUUUAUACGAUCACAUGAGCCAUUUUGGUCCAACCUUCAUUCUUAACUCUACCGGGAAUACUUUGUACGUUGCGAAUCCUAAAAUUAAUAACAUCGUCCAACUGAUUCAGGAACAAGUGACAGACCUUAGGCGUUAUGUUCGUAAUAUGGGACGGUUCACUUCCAUAGGUGGUGUGGAAGCUUUGGCCUUCGUUAAAACGCCCAACAGUGACCAGCCACCAGAUGUUCCCGACAUCGAGUUAAUUUUAGUUCCUGGCAGCUUGGCUUCAGAUCAAGGCACAGGGCUAAAGCGUGGAGCGAAUAUAAAAGAUGAUAUAUACAACACAGUAUUUAAGCCAUUGGAGACUAUCCCCACGGAUCACUUUACAACACUUAUAAUGUUAUUCCACCCCAAAUCAGUAGGACAUGUCUAUCUUCAAAGCAAGAACCCCUUUCACUGGCCAGUGAUUGAUCCAAAAUAUUUCACCAACGAAAAGGAUGUAGAGACUCUCUUGCAUGGGAUUAAAGCCGCGAUACGCCUCACACAAUCACCAGCAAUGCGCAGGCUGGGAGCUAGAUUGCAUGAUAUCCCACUGCCUCAGUGCAAGCAUUAUCAUUUCGGAUCCGACAAUUAUUGGAGAUGUUCAAUCCGAACAUUGUCUUACACGCUACACCAUCAAGUGGCGACUUGUAAAAUGGGACCCAAGAGUGACCCAACGACCAUUGUCAAUCCACAACUCCAAGUGCAUGGAAUACACAAGUUGCGGGUUGCAGACACCAGUGUGAUACCAUUCUCUCCUACCUCUCACACGAACGCAAUGUCCGUAAUGAUAGGCGAAAAAGCAGCUGACAUGAUCAAGGAGAUGUGGAGCGGAAGGAAAAGUUAACGCUUAUAGUUCAGAUAAUGAGAGAUGGUACAAACUCAUCCGGAAUAAACCACUAUCGGUAGAUUAAAGGAUAGGGAUUAUUAGACGCGUAGCUAGAAAUCCUCCAAAUAGGUAUUAAACUCUAGUUUAAGUAAUUUAUGAUAUUAUUGUUUGGUACAAAACGGCUGCUUGGUUCUUUGUCUCUAAUUUAGGGUGAUUUUCUAAUGCGAUGAGUACAUACUUCAUUGUUUCACACUU